UAUAUUGACGUGGAGUAGCAAUACGGUGUUGCAAAAUGGAGGUGAACUUUGUGUUUGUGAUUGGAUUUGUAUCGAUGCUCGUCGCGUUGUACAUCUACCUGACGAGCAACAAUAAGUUCUUCGAGAAGUUCCCCAUACCGUGCCUACCGGUAGAGCCACUGUUCGGAAGUUAUCGGCGAGUAGCAAUGAAGCGGAUUUCAUUCAAUGAAUUCGUACGCUACAACUACGAACUAUUCCCAGAUGCAAAAAUGUUCGGAAUGUUCGAGAUGCUCACGCCAAUGUUUGUCAUCCGCGAUCCGGAGCUGGUGAAGCGCAUCACGGUGAAGGACUUUGAUCACUUCAUCAACCAUCGACCGUUGAUUUCGGCCGACAGCUCGAAAUACAGCAACUCUACGAUCAUGUUUUCGAAAGUACUCUUCAACCUUAGUGGACAACGGUGGCGUGACGUACGGACCACACUCAGUCCUACGUUUACCGGCAGCAAGAUGCGGCAGAUGUUUACCAUGAUUGUGGAGUGCAGCGAAAAUAUGGUACAGGCACUGGCCAAUCCUGCCGGACAGGAGUGGGAAGUAAAGGACCUUUUUGUAAGCUUUGCGAACGACGUCAUCGCUUCCUGUGCGUUUGGCGUACGCAUCAACUCAUUCCAGGACAAGCAGAACGUUUUCUUACGCUACGGUAAGGACUUUUCGAACUUCAGCCGUUGGAAGGUUUUCUUCAAGAUGAUGGGCUUCCAGUUGUUCCCGCAGCUGAUGGCACGACUGCAGCUGGAUAUAUUCGACAGCAAGCACGUAGAAUUCUUCACGGAUCUGUUCAGACAAUCGGUUCAGGAAAGGGAUACCCAUGGCAUCGUACGUCCCGAUCUGAUUCAGCUACUGAUGCAAGCCAGCAAAGGAAAAUUGCGCCAUCAGCCUCAAGAGUGCGAGGAAGUGGAAAGCUUUGCAGUGGCGAAAGAAUCGAACGAUGAGAGGAUCCUUGCAAAGGAUCUCACGGUGCCGCUUAGUGAGAGUGAAAUGGUGGCCCAGUGUCUUUUGUUCUUUUUGGCCGGGUUCGACACGCUCGCAACCACGAUAACGUUCCUUGUGUACGAGGUAACGAUUGCACCCAACAUUCAACAACGACUGUACGAAGAGAUCCGACAAGUGUCGGAAUCUCUGGAAGGUAAAUCGCUCACCUAUGACGCACUGCAACGUAUGCGCUAUCUGGACAUGGUUGUGGCGGAAACAGUUCGGAAAUGGAACCCUGCACCGGGUACCGAUCGUCUUUGCAACAAGGAUUACAAAAUUUCAGACGAACCAGAAAUCAUUAUCCCGAAGGGUUCGGUCGUGUUUAUUCCCAUUACCGGGCUGCACUACGAUCCAAACUUCUAUCCCGACCCAGAUCGCUUCGAUCCGGAGCGUUUCAAUGAGGAGAACCGGCAGAAGAUCCCAUUGGGAGCCUACAUUCCGUUCGGCAUAGGGCCACGCAACUGCAUCGCAUCCCGAUUCGCCUUGAUGGAGGUGAAAACGAUCGUGUACUAUUUGCUACUGAACUACGAGUUCAAACGCUCAGUACGUACGCAAACUCCGGUAAAGCUGGCUAAAGGUUUAACUCCUCUCAAGCCCGAAAAGGGCAUCUACGUGCAGUUGAAUCCGCGGAAAAAGAUUUAGGAUACGAUGAAGCCUCACUUAAGAAGCCACGAAUGUUUGUUAAUCUCGUUUAGCAAUGUAUAAUCUCUGCACAAAUAAUGGACAAUAAAAAUUAAACCACUGUGCUGUCGAAAGUCUUAUUCUAAGAGUCGGCUGGUAUAUGGCCCAA